GUAUCAGCAGCCCGGGCUGCAGCGCUCCGGAUCUGUGGCUUUCUGCGAGGGCAGGAGGCAGCUUCGGGUUCUGCCAACACCAGCCCCUGAGCCGGAGCCUGCAGGAUUUUAGAUUCUCAAAACCUAGCGUGGUCUCCAGAUGGAACAAGGAGAACAGCUGUGGGUCCCAAAUCUCCAGGAUGCUGAGGAAAGGAAGAGUCCAGGACGCUCAUGGGCAGGGAAUGACUCCUGUCUGGAUUCUGUCUCUGUCCCAGCAGGUGAUGGGACGGUGAGUGAGAGUGAGGAGGAGAACCCUGAGCAAGAAGGUCCUGAGCAAGUGGAACUGCAUGAGGCGGGACCAGGGAGAUCUGAUGGGGAUGUUUCCCCUGAGCUGGGUGAAGCCUGCGGGAGUCAGGGCAGGUCAGAGAAGGAGCAGGAAAGCUACCAAGAGAGACAGGAGAAUCCUGGCCACAUUUUGGGACAUUUGGGGAGACACAAUGACUCUACAAUCCACAGGGGACUCUGCCUCGGGCAGAAACCCAACACGUGUGAGAACUGUGGGAAAAGCUUCAGCCUGAGGUCAAAUCUGAUCACCCAUCAGAGACUGCAUCUGGGGGAGAGACCCUACCAGUGCCCGGAGUGCGGGCGCUGCUUCAGCCAGAGCUCACAUCUCAUCACACACCAGCGUCUGCACACGGGAGAGCGGCCCUACCGGUGCCGGGACUGUGGGAAGAGCUUCAAUGUGAACUCAGACCUGAUUAAACACCAGCGAACGCACACGGGCGAGAGGCCCUACCCCUGCACCGAGUGUGGGCGGCGAUUCAGCAGCAGCUCCAACCUCACGAGGCACCAGCGUCUGCACACGGGCGAGAGACCCUAUCGGUGCGAGGCCUGUGGAGAAAGCUUCCGGGACUGCUCGUCCCUCACAAUCCAUCAGAGGGCGCACACAGGAGAGAGGCCCUAUGUCUGCCCUGACUGUGGGAAAGGCUUCACCGACAGCUCCCUCCUCAUCAAGCAUCAGAGGACGCACCAGACAGAGAAGUGCUUUAACUGCCCCGACUGCGGGAAAAGCUUCUCCACCAGCACAUACCUGGCCAGGCACCAGAGAACCCACCUGGCUGAGAAGCCCUAUCAGUGUGACGAGUGUGGCAGGGGAUACAGCCAAUUCGCUCACCUGACUACUCACCAGAGAGUGCACACGGGAGAGAGGCCCUACAUCUGCCCCGAAUGCGGGAAAAGCUUCACCACCAGCUCUGCCCUGACCAAGCACAAGAGAAUCCACACGGGAGAGAGACCCUACCAGAACAUCUGUGCUGAAUGCGGGAAGCACUUCUCCCGGCGCUCGCACCUCAUCAUCCACCAGCGCAUCCACACAGGUGAGAAGCCCUACCAGUGCUCCGAGUGCGGGCGCUGCUUCAGCCAGAGCUCCACGCUGAUCAGCCACCAGCGCACCCACACGGGCGAGAAGCCCUACACCUGCCCUGACUGUGGGAGGAGCUUCAGCCAGAGCUCCACGCUGCUGACCCACCACCGUCUGCACACCGGGGAGACACCCUACAAGUGCCUGGACUGCGGGAGGAGCUUCAGCCAGAACUCCACCUUCAUCAUCCACCAGCGCACCCACACCGGCGAGAAGCCCUACACCUGCCCUGACUGCGGCAAGAGCUUCAGUGUCAGCUCCUAUCUCAUCACACACAACCGCAUCCACCGCGGCGAGCGCCCCUACAAGUGCCCUGCCUGUGGGAAGGGCUUCAUCGACAGCUCCACCUUCGUGCGGCACCAGCGCACCCACACAGCAGAGAAGCCCUACCGCUGUGCCGACUGCGGCAAGAGCUUCAGCCUCAGCUCCUACCUUGUGAAGCACCGCACCCUGCACACGGGUGAGCGGCCCUACAAGUGCACUGAGUGCGGGAAGCGCUUCGGUGAGAGCUCAGACCUGCUGCGGCACCAUCGAACCCACACGGGCGACAGGCCUUUCCAGUGUGCCCAGUGUGGGAAGAGCUUCGGGGAGAGCUCCACGCUCACCCGUCACCAGAGGACUCACCUGGGCAAGGAUGCACCCAUCUACUAGCCACAGUACUUGGCACAGCCCCAAAGCCAUGGGGCAACAGCUGCCCCCCUCAGCUGAUUGACUGCAGAGGAGGCAGAAAAGAAACCUCCAUGAGAACUCAUUGCCUGGAGUCACCAGUUCUACUGAUAUUUGGUGUUUCUCUUAUAAAGCCCUAGCUCACAGAGUCCUGUGUUCAUUGCACUAGAAUCUCUACUUUCACUUAAAGAGGGGGAAAAAGAAAGAAAGAAAAAGUGAGUUUCUAACCCUUAUGGUUGUGGAGAAAAUCCAGAAAAUAUGACUCUUGAGGGCUCACAAACCAGAAGUCAAAGGAAAAAAAGGAACCACAAAUGUAUUGUUGUUUCAAAUCUCCCGAGUUUUUGAGGGGGUGAGGGGCCUGACUCGUAAUUUUUAACUCUUUGGGUUGAUGCUGCAUUGCAGGGCCAGAGCUGUUUUCUGUGCCUUAACUAACUUUCUUGACUAGAACAAACAAGUUCUGACCAUUAUGUUUUCAAUUAGUGGACCGUAUUCACAAAAGUAACUACUGUAACAACGUUUUAAAUGGGAAUUUCUUGGUUUUUUUAAUUAUUUUUAAGAAAAAUAGUAUGUAAAAACAUACUUUCCCAAGUUACUUGAAUCCUACAGGUUCAACUAGAAGAGUUUACAACCCCACAGAUUGUGCUUGUAACUCUAAAGAUCCCGCAUUGCUAGGAGUGGGUUUUGUGUCAUAUUGGCAUUGGCUUGAAGGGGUUAAUAAAACCCCAGUGUUACUGUUACAGCAUUAAAUGGUUAAUUUUGGUUUGCUUAAAGUCAG